AUGCCACGCCGUGAGAAGCUUGUUGAUGACAACUUGUGGAAGGAAGUACUGUUUGCCAACUCUUAUGCCCUGCUCAUUGGGUACCUGUCCAUGGCCGUCAAGGGCCUGGGUUUUCUGGUGCUCACUUGGACCACUGUAGUUCUUCUUGGUGGCUACGUGUCCACACUGCAGAGGAAGGAUUUUUGGUGUCUUACAUUCAUUACCUUAGUACAAACAGCUGGGAUUUUCGAUGUUCUUCUGACUGAAAAGCUGAGCUAUAUUGGGGAUUCAUUUUCGGCAAUCAUAGCUGUUCGAUAUGCCGUGUUUGAUGACCACCCUUUGCAGCGUAAACGGCAGGUGCUAGCAAAUGUUGUUGCGACUGUUCAGCGAGUAGUAUUUGUCAUUCUAUUGUGCCCACUGGCAGCCGUCUACAUGUUUGGGUUGUUAAUCUCCACGGGGAUUUCUGUGUGGCGUCUGAGACAACACGAUUAUGGGAGUGAUGCUGAUGGACUCGGAAACCUGAAGCCGGCACUGGACGUCUUGUAUUCCAUUGCUGUACUCCAGGGUGUGAUUUUCUGCUACAAAACCUUAUUUGGUUUUGCAAAGGGAUCUGUAGUGAAUGCAGUACUUGAAAGAAGGGAGUUUGGGGAUCAGCUUCGUGUUGAAAUCUCGGACUACUUACUCGAAACGACAAUCGGAUGCGAAAAGAACCCAUCGUUCGCUAGAGGAAGAAACCUUCUCAUAUGCUGUGGACCUGAUGGGGUCUAA